GCGUUCCGUUUCAAUAAUUUUUAAGUUGUCGCCCUAUCUGGAUUACUAUGACUUUUUUCGGGAUAAUACAUAUGUAUUACGCGUUUCCCUUCUAAACUCACUGUUUUCGUAGUUUUGCUUCGCAAUCGAAUGUCUGUUUUUUGAAACUUUGUCUUGAGAAAGGGAAUUAAUUUAUUAAUUUACGAAGGAUGGUUUCACUUCAUACAAACAUAAGUCGAGACAGCCAAUAACUAUGAACCUAAAGGUUGACGAUAUGAUCACUCUUCAUCUUUUAUUAUUCAACACCAUAAAUACAACGACUUUUCAGUUGAUAUUCCUCUUAACAGAUAAACCGUGUUCGCUAGAACAUGACAGACUAGUUAAUCCUCUAAAGAAAUAACGCUUCAUGGAAACGUAGAAAAAGGUCUAGAAGCUAUUAUCAUAAAGUAAAUAAGAUAAAUCAAUUUAUAUGUGGACUAAAACAAAUGCUUAACUAUGGAAAUAAUCCACAAUGGCAGUGAUUUUAUUAUUAUGAUACUGGUUUAUUAGGAAGUGCAUAGUUUUUUUGCAGUUUUCAUACUGAUAAUCUCCAGACUCACGUUGGUUUUUUGAUUUAGUCGAGUCAUGUAACAGGGUUCAGAAAAAGUGGCGAAAAGUUGGUUCAUUCAGUCAGUCAAAUGCAACUUAGGACGUGGUGCGCGUGUACAUCAGUUCAAGUUGUCAUACUGCAUGAACACAGCGAUAUGAAAUCGUCAAAAAAAAUUUCAAAGUACUAAAUUUCAAAUGUAGGCCAUGUGUUGAUCGUCUCACUUAUAGCUGGAUAUUACACUUAUUUCACCAAGGGGCCACGGUGCGUUUAGCCGAAAAAUUAUUAUUGGUUGUUAUACGAAUAUGGUAAACUUUAAUUUUCGAUUUAAAAUUUCCGGGAUUGGAUUAAUCUCUAGUGACACAUUUUGUGAAAAAUGGUAAUAAUCGAAAAAAACUUGUGCCAUAUGCAAACAACUUUAUCACCAGUUUAUAUGGCUUCUAAUGGUACUGAUUAACCUUGAUAAUUUGGAUAAGGUUAAAAGCAACAAUAUCAGGGAAAGCUUAAUUAUUUACUAGCUGACUUAUCAUCUUCAUAGCGAUGGUAUGCAUGACAAAAGUUCAUAAAAAGUUCGGGGACUUUCCGGAGCAUUUCGUGAUCAUAUUUGAUAUAGGAUGAUUUUCAGAUGAACGACAUAAAAUUAAACCAAUGUUCAUCUCGGGAUUUAGAUAUGCACUUAUUAUAGUACUAUUCAUAUGAUCUUUAAUAGUAAUAAGCCACCCUUAUAAAUUGUGUAGUCAUUUCUGGUCUUUUUUAACAUAGAGAAUGUCUUUUGAAUAUUUAAUAUUUUUUCUGUUAUAGAUGUUUGUCAUUAAUUACCCAUAGUCUUAUUCAGAACAUAAAGAUGCUAUGAAUUCCACUUUACACUCUGCGGACUCCAGUGUUAUCCAAACCAGUUUAUUUGGUCAGUAUAACAAGGCUGGGGAUCCAACUAGCCUAUGGUGUGAUGAAUCUUUGGAAAACCCAGACUCUAUGUUGGAUCAAUGCAAAUGCUACACAAGUACUCCAAGUUCUUUUUCUACUACUUCAGAGAGCACAUCUUAUUCGCGUGAUCUUUAUGUUACAUCUAGACUACGAAGUCGGUCUGAAGAGAAAAACUGUAAAUCGGAGCAUCCCUUUUAUCUAUCUCAUUCCGUAAUCAAUUAUUUAAAAUUGGACAAAUUAUCUAACAAAAUGUGUCCUGGUUGUGUUCCUUGUUCUUCUGAUGAUAAACUACGAUCAAGUAUGUACUCCGAAGAAAAAGACGAUUUGAAUGUCACUCAAAAGGACUUCCAACAGGGUAACAAAUUCAAGCGCAAAGGAAACCAGUCGUUUAAAUCAAGUUCGUCAGUCUGGUAUAGCGAUGAUUCCGACUCAGUCCCUCCAGCGAUGGCUCUCAUAAAUGUAAAUCGACUUCAUACCCAAACCUUGCAUCCAGCUACAUUAAAUGAAAACAGAAUAAUUGCAACAAAUAACAUUUUAUAUGAUUUCAACACUGAGUUUGAUGUCUCUGGAUCAAAAAUAUCAAAAACAUUUUUGAACGCUUCAAGAAAAUCUCUUCCAGCAAUCCAUCUUGAUCGUGAUUUAGAAGUAAGCGGCAGUAGCGGUACCAGUAGUCUUUCUUAUACGGCUGUGAUUGGUAACGAGGAGGAAUAUAUUCAGCCGGAUAAACGCUUAGAGCCAUUCUCUGAUGAAUCUAACAAGCACCACUUAAAUUCUCUGCAUUUCGGGCAAAUCGGUGCAUCCGCGAGAGAUUCUGGCUUAAGUUCACAUUCAAGCAAUUCUGUAAAUUAUUCCCCUAACUAUCUUCUGCUCCCUCAUAAAGGAUUGGUUCCUGAGUGUAAAACUAGUCUCUCUUCGACACCUCCACCAGUUCCAAGUCACGCCCCUCAAUCACAAACUAUGAUUGCACUUACACAAAGGAACGGAAAUAAUAUUUUAAAUACAACCAAUUUAGUACGUUGUGAAACUGACCUUACAAAGUGUACAUGCUCCAAAAGUUCAAGCAGUAAAAUGGUAGAAGGAAGAAUUCGUGGAACAACUAUCCGAUUGCAUUCAUAUACGGGAGAAUCUAAAACUCUCUUAAAGUCAUAUUUCCCAAGUGAAAAUAAACAGAUUAAACAAAAUCCUAAUUCAUCUUUAUCACCUAUAUGGAAACGUAAAUCGAAUACAUUACAAUCAAUGAUUAAGGAUAAAAUUCACCUCGUUGAAGAACAAAACUAUUCAAAAUCAAUCCAAAUAACUAAAUCCAAAGAAGGUGGUUGUAGCAAAAGAGAAGAAAAAGAUGAUGAUGAAGUAGGGAGAAAAGGAAAACAUUUAAUUAAUAAAGAUCAAUAUGAAAAUACUACUACUACUACUACUACUACUACCAAGAAUGAUAAUAAUCAUGACAGAGUACUAAAUUCCUGUCUACUUUUAAAUGAUUCAAUUAAACAACAAGAUAUUUGUACGGCCUGUACACUAAAUUGGCAAUUUUAUUUAUCCCAGCCUUGUUGUUAUACAUUUAUAGAUGAUAUGGUUAAAUGUUAUCAUGAUGUGAAUAAUUCUUGGUAUUUUGUGAAACAUGAUUGUUUUCUAAAUUCUAUUAUUCAGUUGUUUAAACCUGAUAGUUGUUUCAAUUGUCGUAAACAUAUUUAUGCUGUAGGCGUAAAUUUAUUUAAUAGAAAUCCACUGAGAGGUCUAAAAUAUUUGGCAAGACAUAAUUUCUUAAACUUGUCUUCUAGUAAACAAAUUUCCAAAUUUAUUCAAAAUAAUGCUGACUUAUGUCGUUCGAAAAUUGGAGCAUUUCUUGGUCUACCUCCUACAGAUGAGAUCAACCCAACGGAAGUUACAAUGAUUCUUCUGAAAUCUUUAAACAUUUCUGGUUUGGAAGUAGAUGAAGCUUUGCGAUUGGUUGUUCACCGAUAUGGGAUGCCUGUGGAAUCUCAAGAAAUAGACAGAUUAUUACAAUGUAUCACUGAAUAUUAUCAUACAGUUCGAUGGUGUUCAACAUCUGUUAAUUCAUCAGAUAUUUUUUCCAGUACUAAUGACCAUCAAUUGAAGUCUUUACCAGCUCCUCCUAUCACUUUGGAUCAGUUAUCAUUAAUAUUUUAUGCUAUUCUUUUACUACAAACCAGCCUUCAUAAUGUAAAUGCAGCAAAAUCAAGUUUAGGCAAACAGACUGUCACUCAAUUUAUAAAAAAUGUAUAUGAUCUUUUAUUAAAUCAACCAUCUUCAUCAUCAUCUUCACUAUCUUCUUUCACGGCUAAAUCAAAGUCAAAGAUUUCAAAUGUUAAUCAAAACGAUAUGGUUGAUGGAAGUGGUAAUACUAAUACUGAAUCCAUUCUGGACAAUGAAAAGAAUAUUAAUAAUAACAAAUCUCUUGAUAUAAAACAUGUAUUCUCAAAUCGUACAUUAACUGAAAUAUUUCAUCGUAUUAAAGUUAAACCAUUGGAACCAGGUACAGAUCAAACAACAAUCGUUCGACAUAUAUCUAAUGCAAUAAGAAAUUUGCAAGAAGUUAAAAUUUUAAACACUGAUGACAUUGAUAAUGAAUUCUUAUUCACGAAUAAUCCAUUUGAAUUAGUGGAACCACAUCGUCGAUUGGUUUGUUAUUGUACGGUGAUUCAUGUAGGUUAUAAUUUUUUUUGGCUUUUUAUUUAUUAUACAGUUUAUUAUAAAUCAGUGUGUACGAUAGUGAAGAAUAACACAUUUUGUCAUCCAUACAAACAUACAGUACGUAAAUCAUUACCAGUACACUUUAGACACAUACCAAAUCUGUUUACUGGAAGAAACUCAUCUUCUAUAUCGGAAACAAUAACAAGACAGAGUGUGUACACGUGCUAUAAAACUCUCUUUGAGCUUGACAUGCAACAAUAGCGUCAUGUAUUGCUUCAUCAGAGUUGACAGAUUAGACAAACUGAAAGUCAUGAAAACGUCAGAUUAUAGGACAGAUUAGGAAUAGUAAAAGAACUAAGAAAGUUUUAACGACUUUAUAUCAAGUUUGCUGUAAUAAAUGCCAGAAUUGCUUUUAUGAAAAGCUGUAUAUUUUUAGUUGUUUUUAAAAAAAAAAAACAAAGAUGUCCCAUUUCAAACACAAUUUGGUAUCUACUUUUAGUGAUACAAUUUAAGAAAAAUAAAUUAUACUUUUACUUGGCUUAAGCAAAUCACGACCAAUUAUUAAAUAAUGAACUGUGUAUACGAUAGUAACAAUUUUUUUAGCAAAUUAAAUUCAAUUGUAUAGAUGGCAUAAUCAAUACAUUUAUAUGAAAAUGAUCAAUCACCGGGGUAUAUCAAAAGUUAAACUUGGAACUGAAAUUAAAACCAGUAGGUUUCUGAAAUUAACGCAAAGAGAAUUUUCCCUUAAACUUUGAAUUAAAUUAUAUCAGAGAUCUUAUCAAGUCUUAUAUUAUUUUAUCAUCACUCAACUGUUGAAAGUUUUGCAUAUCAAUCACAACAUAAUAUUAUCUUUAUGUGUGCAUGUAAUACUAGAUUGCUUUUCCAUGUAAUAAACAGUUUAUUCAAACCAAGUAUAUUCAUUCAUUUAUUCUAACUUGAUCGAAUCCGAAAACCCAUUAAUUUAAUAAUGAUUUCGUCCAUAGGUUGUACUAGUUUGACAAAUGUACAUAUUCUCUCUUUUUUUUCUUUUUCUUUUCGUUGUUAUUAUUAUUAUUAAUUUUCCAUAAAUAUAAUAAAAUGUUUACUUGGCAUUUAUUCAUCUUUCAUACGAUUCGAUAAAUAUAUUACGUGGACUUUCAUUAAAGAAUUAAUUUUCAUUAAGAUUAAUUACGUUAUCAGCCAUUUUCUCACAUUAAUUUUUCCCAUUCAUUUGUUUUGAUUUUAUCAUUAUUCUCAUAUUUUCAAUUAAUCUACUACAAAUGAAUACAAGUAUAUACAUAUUUACAUACUUUUAAUCAUUCGCAAAAUCAUUAUAGUGAAAAUCUUCAUUUAUAGGUUAAUGAAAAGUUAAAUAGUGUAAAGAAAUGCCCCCUUGAGUUAGUUAUCCAUUAAGGUUCUACACGAAUAUAUAUUAAUAUAUAUGUGAUUAACAAUAGUGGUCUAACGUUGAACGGUUCAAGAUCUCGACUAAAACUUAACAAUCUUCACAACCUAUGUACGGAAAAAUAAAAUAAUACUAAUCGAAUAGUGGGGUAACAGAUCGAAUUAUAUAAUUUUACAGUGUUUACAAAAAUACUAUCAAAUGAUUAAUUGGAUAAUUGCAAGAAAAAAAAGUUUAUCAUCAUCAAAGUAAUUGUUUGUAAAGAUUGAAAAAAAGAUAUAAAUUAAACAAUGAAAGGAAUUAGGAAAUGAAUAAUAUGGGGGGAUUUGUAAAAAUUUCAACUAUGAAAAUUAGAAAACUGUUUGAAUAUGUUUCUUUUUGAAAGAAUACGGUUAAUUAGUGUGUGUCCAGCUUGAACACACUGGCAUAUCUAUCGCCAAUACAGAUAGAGAUGUUGUUUAAAAUUCUUUUGAUUGAAAAUAUUAGGCUUGGUAAUAUCUAUUCUGAUAGCUUCAGCAGUAUGCAAAAGAUAAUGACUUAAAACAUACUUUAAAUCUGAUGGAAUAUGGUGAAUAAUUUCAAGAGCUUUAUUCAAGUCAACAUGAUGUUCGGUACCAGCCGAUUGAAAGACAUCAGAACUCUUAAUCCAUCUUACCUGUUCUUCACAUGAAUGAGACGAAUGGUGUUCUGCUAUAUGAUGAUGGACUUAGCGAACGAUACAUCUCAAGUAACUGGCUCCACAAGAGCAGUUGAAUUGACAGACAUACAUAAAUGUGGUGAACUCAGUUUAUUUUUAUUAGGGGUUUUCAUAAUCGGAAGACUGUAUUCGGCUUGGCUGCAUUAAAUGUUUUCUGAAUUGCUUUUUCUAACCUCUGCGUUAUUAUUUCCUCGGUAGAGUCAUUUAGGAACUGUGACUUCAAGGACAGUAACUUCUUCGAAACAGUUGUUACCUUUGAUCUUAUUUUUAUCUCAUUCAUAAGUUUAUUGAUGAACUUAGUUGAUACCCAUUCCUGCUAAAAGAGUUAUGAAUAUUACUUCAAAAAACUAAAGAAUCAAAAUGAUUUCUCACAUGAUAACGAGAAAGUUGUCAGUAUCUUCAGUGUCAAAUAAUAGAAAACAGGAAAAAUUGAAAUAUCCAUAACACUUUUACAUGAUCUAUGACUUUUUGCAUGCAGCUUAAAAGUUCUUGGAAUUCAAAUUUCAAGAGCUAUCUACAUGGUUAUCCUUCAUUAUAAAUAAAAAGCAUUCUCCCAUUCUAACUCCAACUACUUACCUCAACCUUUUUCUUCUUUUCUAUAAUGAAUAAUUCAACAUGUAAAUAUUCAUUAAUCAUUUCAAAACUUUAUUCAUUGAAUGAUAAAUUGCUUUUUAACCAAACACUAUUUUCUGACUGGCUAUUUAGUUAUUCGUACUUGUCAGUAUAAUUCACUUCAACCAUGAAUACUUAUCGGCAUUAUUAAUUCUCAGAGUCUUAUGCUACUUCCAAAUCAACUGGUAAUAUUUUUAUUGUAUGAUUUAAUUCAUCUUUUCUUCUAUCGAUUUAAGAUAUGUAAGUUUCGUUCUUACCUUGUGUUACCAUUUUUGGUUAGUUAAGCUUAACAUAAAUUUUUAGUUCAUAUUAUAGAUAAAUAAUCACUCAUUUGUCGUCAUCUUCAUCAUAAGAUGGAAUAUAAUAGUGUUAAUAGAAUUCACAUAUUUGCUUCGAAUAGCCAAAUCAUAAGAUGUCACUCUGGUAGAUUACAAAAAAUGUUAACAUUUUAAUGGUGCACAGUUGUACAGAUUUGAUGAACUACAAAUUAUGCUUACAUGGAAUAACCAAGAUUGUAUUGAAUUAUCAAAUCAACUACAAUUAAUUGGAAUAUACCAUUUAUGAGAUUCGUUCAACCUUUUAACCUAAUCUAUUUUAGAAGUAUGCAAAUACUGAAAUGAUUUUUUAGAUCUUAGAUUUGUUUUACUGAAUUAAUUAUGUAUGUGGACUGAAAAAUAUGCUUGCGUGGUUUUGUGAAAUGUUCACAAUCCAUUGCAAUGUUCCAAACAAUAAGAUGCAGAUGAAAAUAACAAUAAAGCUUGACGUUUUCGCUGUUUUCGUCUAUUUUUAGAAAGAAACGGGAGAUGAAUACGUCUAGAUUUAUGUCUAUUCUGGCUUCCUCUCAAGAGAUAUGAUUUUUAAACAAUAUAUCUCACCUGAGUUACCACGACACGGAAAUUUGUCUAUAUUUUCAAGAUAACAGCUACAAUCACAUAGAAUACCGUGUAAAUUAACAAAAACGAUUGAUACGAGAAAUAUAACAUUGAAUUACAUUACUUUUUCAGUGGUAAUGUCACUGCUUGGAAUGUUUUACUUACAUAGAUUACAUACCUGAUUUCCACUAAACCGCUAUCGUUUUUCAAGUGUGAGUUAGCAUUCACACCUGAUCGAAUUAAAUUUUGUGUGAUUUUCUAAAUGGAAUCUAAUUUUUUCUUUUGUGAAAAUCUGUUUGAUUUGAAUAGUAGAAAUGGAUAAUUAAAUUAAUUAAUUAUGAAAAUAACUCGUAAAUUUCAACCAAACAAUCAUCGGAAGAUAAAACCGCAGACUUACUGAAGCUAGACAACCGUUGAAGUCUAGGAAGCAUUGGAUAGUCAUUUCGUCCUAAUAUGCCUCAUCAACAGUAUGCAUACACAACCCCUCCAGGAAUUAAACUACAAUUUCCAUGCCUCGUGGUAAGCGCUUCACCUCAACCUAGUUUUCGAUGGUUGUCUAGCCAAAAUUAAUCUGUAUUGUAAUCCACAAAAUUCAACAUUCUCCAUAAGCCCUCUAUUACGGAAAAAAUUGUUACAACGUGAAAAAUAUUUGCUGCGGAUUAAGGGUAGCGAAUUAUUGAUCGGACCAAAGACGCGCAAACACGUAGAACGACCUAGGGUUCUGAUUGGUCUCGCUCCCCUGUCUAGCCCAGCCAGUUGAGUCCAGAACACAAGUCACAGCCUCGGAUAUAUGAAUCAUUAUAUUUCAAACAUACUUUGUUUAUAUACCAGUCAAGCAGACCGCAACGUACCAUAAAAUAGAAAAUAACAUUGUACAAUAAUGGCCAACAGGAAAAUAACACGUUAACUAAAUAUUGACCAAUAAGAUGAUACCAUUUCAUGUCCAAGGAUAGCAUUAGUCAUAACAGGAUAAUUUUUGGGAUAUUUUCGUGAAUAUCCCAACAAAAAUAUAAUUUGUUAUAUAAUAAAUGUUUCACUAUGGAUCAAUAACUAAAGUAACACAAUAAUCGAUAAUCGCUAACACCCACCAUUUGUUUUUCUUAUUGUUUCUGUUGUUUUUUUCUCAUUUAAAGAUUAAUCAAAAUCAACCUCCUCAUAAAGAAACCAGUAUUCUACGACAUUUGUUUGUUUUUAAUGACCUAAUUAUUAUUGCAAAAGAUACCUCUUCAAAACGUACUUCUGGUAGAAGAUUAGUUUUCGACAAGUCAAGGAGAAAUCAAUCAAAAAUAAAUUAUAAGAAAUUAUCACCAGAUCACUGUGAUGGUUUUCUUCGUCCACCAUUAGAUUUAUUAUAUACCGAUUGUGAUAAAAAGUUUAAAAUAAUGAAUGCUGAAUCGAAUACACUUAACUGUAUGCAACCAAAUGUUGGUUGUGUACCUCAUAGAGUAGGAGGCGGAAGAGGAAGAAGAAGCAGAUCAAAAAAUGAACUUUAUAGUCGAAAGGCAGCUAAUCCUACUUCACAUUCCUAUACACGUCUUACUGCUUUAUAUGUUUUUUCAUUAUAUAGAUGUAAAAUUCGUCCUUUUAAAACUGAUGUGUAUCGUUAUGGAAUAGAAUUAUGGAAAUUUCCCGAGACAAGAACAUCACAUCAUCAAUCUAUUCCUGGUAGUUUUAACAAUAGCAAUUUACAACCGGAACAAAUGAUUAUUAUUGCUGCGCUCGAUAAAAGUGAUUAUGAAAAUUUAUUAAAUGAUUUAUAUCAAGCAUUAUGUGAAACAAAUCUUGUUGCAUUAGAAUUAAAAUAAUAUGCUUUCAGUGAAUUGAUUUCUCUUACUUAUAUUGCUAUGUGAUUAUAUUUGUAUUUUUAUUUGUCACUUCUCAUUUCUUAUGAAAAUAAAAUAGAUAAACUACUUAAUUACUUUUACAUCGAAUUAUAUAUAUAUAUAUCAUGUAUGUUUACAUUCCUAAACGGUAGAUCUUCCUGAUGCCUCUCACUCUCCCGUCUCUCCCACACACAUGUACUCUCUCUCUUUAUAUACAUAUACAUAAGGUUUGUGUUAGUACAUUAAACGCUAUCUUAGGAUUUUGAAACGCUAUAUUUUUUCUCUCAGAUGCAUCAAAUAGAAAUAGCAAAAUAUUCAUUUCAUCCAUCAUAAUUUUUACUGUUUCAACACAUAAUUAAUGUUUACUUUUCUUUUAGCAAACUAAAUAUAUUCAGAUAUAUGUUUAUAUAAAUAUUUAGUCUUUUUCCCUAUAAAAACUAUUGAUUGUUUUUUUAUUUUGUUCUACUUCAUUUUACUGUUCUAUUCCCUCACUCUGUCCUCCCUCUCUCACACAUACAUACACUCACAUUAUCUGGGGUUUUUUUAACUAGUGUUGUCAUUCGUUAGUUUCGCUGUUUAUUUUUUCGAAGAAAAACAACCCGUAAACUUUCUUUUUAUUCAAGAUAAAAAUGUCAUCGCAGCUAUGUUUUUAAUAAUUGACUAUAUUCUUUGAUUUAUUUAUGUAUUGUAGAGUUGAUUCUCCAUUUAUUUUGUUGUUUUUCUUUCAUUUCCUGUCAUUAUUGUUCAAAUGCCACAAUCACCCUACCGAUUUUAUUUAUCUCCGAUUUUUCUUUUUACUGUUUUUAUCGUUGUUGAAAAGAAAAAAAGGUAGUUCUAGAUUAUUUGAGUUAGAAUAUAUAUAACGUGUACUGUUCAAUAACUUCCAUUGAAUAUCCUACUUCAAUAUUUAUGAUAAAAUGAUAUUUCCGUAUUCAUCUAUCAAAAAUAAACAUGAUUAUGCGUUUGUUAUGAUUUAUCAAUAUUAUGAUGAUGAAAAGGAUAACGGUUAGAUCAUCAACUAGAGAUACAUUUUUUUAAACUGUCAUCAUUUUUUCAUCUAUACUUAGAUUCUGUUAAUAUUUCUUUUUUUUUUUUCAAAUGCUCUUUUACUAUAUUAGGUAUCAUUUUAGUUAUAAGGAUUAAUUAAAAGAAGAUAUGAUUAUUCAGAUUUCAGAAUAUCUUCUGUGAUUGGAAUAUCUGUCUUUAUAUCUCUUUAAUUGUAUCUGGUUAAUUUCUAGUCAUCUUGUAUACAUAUUUUGUUUGUCAUGUUGAUUUAUUCAUUGAAAGAUAUUUAACUAUUCGGUACUACUGUGGUGAUAUAUAUUGAUAAUAAUAAUAAUUGUUUUAUUCAUUAUUAUAUUUUUGGUACAAUAUAGAAUUCUCAGCAUAAAGUAUUUCAACAAGUUUCCGUUUCUUAUUUCUUGAUCGAUCGUUGCGACAAAUAUUAAGUGAUCACCAGUCAAAUGUUAACAGUUCAGGAGUCGAUAUCUGAAUAAUGUUCACUCUUUUCAAUGCAUAUUGCUAGGAAUCACGAUGUCUCUGAUUGGGCUCUUUCGUGACUUGUACAGUGAAAAGUCAUGAACUUUUCAAAAACGCGUCUGAAUCGGUUGUUGAAAUAUUUGGAUGGCAGGAAUAGGUAGCCCAGAUAUUUAAGCAGGCCGCCAGAAAUCUAUACGUAUUGUUAAAACAAACUGAUUUUUGACCUCAAUUUGAAGGAGUCAUGAAUUUAGUUUGUCAUGAUUUUCCAAUAAAAGCUGAGUUUGUGUUUUUUUUAAUCAUCGAACGGGUCGCAACGAAAAUCUAGUUCAAAUCUCUCAAAAAAUUGUUAUAAAUUAUAAUUUUUAUUUUCAAUAACGGAAGCAUGAAUUCAGAAAUAAGCCAUUUAUGCAGGUGUUACUGAUAAGUAAUAUUAAACGUAGCACAUUUACUAAAUAAUACACGUUGAAAUGCAAUGUUAGGACAACGACAAAAAAUUAUCAUGACGAAUGAUACAAAUACAAAUAGUAAUAGUACCAGUGAUAGUAGGACAAAAUGAGGCAUAAACAAUAUAAUUCGAGAGAAAAAUACACUCUUAGGAUAAAAAGUACAUUUUGAGUUUACAACCCAUGGUCUAGAAGAUAAAAAGUGAAUACAUCUUUGCCAUUGUAAUCGAUUCUGAGACAUAUCACUCAAUGCCUUCAACUACCAGUUAGGUUAUCACAAGGACCUCAACCAAAUAGUUUACACUUGUCAACAUGGCUCAAUUCAACAAUCAAAGGUUUGGUCAACUAAAGUCCUUAGGUUAACAGUUGAAAUCUUGGGAUUAAUUGUCCUAUAAAUAAACUUCAGAUCAUUUCAGAUAGUUCUUUGGACAUUCAUAUUCUUACAUAAAUCAUACAGUAAUUCUUCCCUUAUAACAAUAACUUAUGCUUAUAUAUGAACAUUCAUCACAAUUAGAACUCUCAGUUUGACAGGAAUCGGGAACCAAGUAUGUAAAAGAUACCAUAUGUAAACAUAAUGUUCCAAAUAACUACAGCAGUUUGAAUAAUUUCAACGCUCCGCCCACCAAAACUGUUCGCACAACAUAUCGGCUACAGUAUCAUAUUCACAAAUUUUCUGAAUAAUUGAGAUAAGAGGAUUGGAGAUCGUUUACAUCACAAACUGAUUGAUUUUAGCUAGAUAGCCAUUCAAAAUCAAUGACCACAAAAUAGGUAUAAGAGUCAUGGGUGUACAUUGCUAGGAUAAAACAGCUGACCAGUGUCCUCUAGUUUUC